ACUUCUAAUACUUGGAUUGGUCUGUCCAGAGACCUUUGGAAGUGGUCAGACCAAAGCAACUUCUCUGCCAUUCCUUGGGUGUCAGGAAAACCGUGGGGUAUGGGGAAGACUGAUAAUUGUGGUAAAUUUAUUAAUGGCCAGGUUGACACUGCAGAAUGCUCUGAGAUAAUGCCUUUCUUCUGUCUCGGCAAUAUUAUAAAACAACGAAUCAUAAGAAUGAAGGUUAAAUCGAGUCAGGAUGCGAAUGAUCCUGCAGUAAAGGCAGCAAUCUUACAGAAGAUCAUGGAAAAAAUGAAGGAGCAUGGGAUGGCAGAGAACGUCACCAUAAAAUGGAAACAGCAACCAGAUGGCCUGGUCUUCCACAAGAUAGAAAAUAAAACUGGAAUUUGAACUCUAAAUCGGUUAAUUUAAACAUUCUUUUCUUAAGAU